AUGGCACCUUCAAUCGAGUUAACCGCUCCCAACGGGGUAAAAUGGUCUCAACCAACAGGCCUAUUCAUCAACAAUGAAUUCGUCUCUUCAUCAAGUGGUCAAACCCUUACAUCAAUCGACCCCGCCACCGAAAAUGAAAUCGCUACAGUCCAAGCCGCUGAUGCACAAGACAUCGACAAAGCCGUCAAGGCCGCCAAAGCAGCCAUGCGUCACCCUUCAUGGAAGGACCUCCCCGCUUCAGACAGAGGUCAACUCAUGGCCCGUCUAGCAGACCUCAUCGAGUCAAAGCGGGAACUCUUCGCUACCAUUGACGCAUGGGAUAACGGAAAGACGUACAUCGAGACUCUAGAGAAUGAUCUCGUUGAAGCUGUCGGUGUUAUUCGUUAUUACUCAGGCUGGGCUGAUAAAACGUUUGGUCAAACCAUCAACACGACUCCUCAAAAGUUUGCAUACACAAUUCGUCAGCCUGUUGGUGUCAUCGCGCAGAUCAUUCCUUGGAAUUAUCCUCUUUCUAUGGCUACGUGGAAACUCGGUCCUGCAUUGGCUUGUGGAAACGCAGUUGUCAUCAAAGCAGCUGAGCAGACGCCUUUGAGUCUUUUGGUCUUGGGUGAACUCAUCAAGGAAGCUGGUUUUCCACCUGGUGUAGUCAACAUCGUCAAUGGUCUAGGCAAAGACACAGGUGCAGCCCUGGUACAGCAUCCCUUGGUGGAUAAGAUCGCGUUUACGGGGUCUACAGCCACAGCUGCCAACAUCAUGGGUGUCGCGGCAAAGACACUAAAGAACAUUACCCUUGAAACGGGAGGAAAGUCGCCUUUGUUGGUGUUUGACGAUGCUGAGAUGGACCAGGCAGUCAAAUGGUCUCAUUUCGGCAUCAUGUCGAACCAAGGCCAGAUUUGCACUGCGACAUCGCGUAUUCUUGUGCAAGAGACUAUUUAUGAAGAAUUCAUCAAGCAGUUCGUCAACACGCUCAACACUGUGAGUAAAGUGGGUGACCAGUGGGAUAAGGAAACAUACCAAGGACCCCAGGUGUCAAAGGUGCAAUACGAGAGAAUUCUUGAGUACAUCGACAUUGGCAAGAAAGAAGGCGCAACAGUAGCAGCCGGAGGUGGUCCCCUCAAGAUCAACGGCUCAGACAAGGGUUUCUACAUUUCCCCUACAGUCUUUACCGACGUGAAGCCCUCCAUGCGGGUCUUCCGCGAGGAGAUUUUCGGUCCAGUGGUGGUUAUUUCUACCUUCAAGACAGAGGAGGAAGCUAUUGAGUUGGCGAAUGAUACGGCGUACGGUCUGGGUGCUGCUGCGUUUACGACUAAUUUGGAAAAGGCGCAUCGAGUCGCUGCGGCGAUUGAGGCGGGAAUGGUCUGGAUUAAUAGUAGUCAGGAUUGUGAUCCUAGAGUGCCGUUUGGAGGUGUGAAGCAGAGUGGCAUUGGGAGGGAGCUUGGUGAGGCAGGGUUGGAGGCGUAUACGCAAAUUAAGAGUGUUCAUAUAAAUAUGGGAAAUAGGCUGUAG